UUGAGUGCCAAGACUGGGAGGGACUACCCGGGAGCGGACGGAUCCCAGACUGAGAGCUGGUGGGUUCCUGUGGCCAGCUCGGGCAGUUGUGCAGAAAGAUCGCGUAUAAGCCUGAGAAACUGUGAGUGACCCCUCUACCCUGGCUGUGGGCGCGGCAGGAGUGAGUAUUGAUUUAGAGCUGGAGGGCACCUUGGAGUUCAUCGACUAGUCCCACCCUCUCGUUUUUUACAAUUGAGGAAACUGAGGACCGGAAAACUCCAAAUCCAGCGUUCUUGACGCCGCCUCUCUCUGCAAGAGGCGAAGUGGAUUCUGCUCAUCCUCUACCAAGGAUCCGAGCUGUGGUUGUUAGAAGAGCUGCCGCACGACCGAAGCCACGUGUGAGAUGUGCCUGGUUUAAGAAAUUCCUGAUUUGUGGAAGGUACCUACCCAAGAAAUUAUGGACAACUAUUCAGCAGCUACAGCAGGAGCCAAAGAGCACUCUGUUCUUGGGGAACAGAAAAACAGAGAGCUAUCUCUUGAAGAUUGGUUACAAAAAUGGAAGGUGCACGAAAUUGGAUUUCAUAAAGAAGAUGGACACAAGUUAUUAAGAAAAUACAUGAAUACAUUUCUUAAUGGCAGGAAUGGACUCAGGGUAUUUUUCCCUCUUUGCGGAAAAGCAGUUGAAAUGAAAUGGUUUGCCGAUCUGGGCCAUAGUGUAGUUGGAGUAGAAAUCAGUGAACUGGCCAUACGAGAAUUUUUUACUGAGCAGAAUCUAUCUUAUUCAGAAGAACCAAUUGCAGGAAUUUCAGGAGGCAAAGUAUUUAAGAGCUCAUCAGGGAAUAUCACUUUAUACUGUUGCAAUAUUUUUGACCUUCCCAGGGCUCAUGUUGGCAAAUUUGACAGGAUUUGGGAUAGAGGUUCCUUAGUUGCUAUUAAUCCAAGUGAUCGAGAACGCUAUGCCAAGUUAAUGUUGUCUCUAUUGGAAAAGAGUUUUCACUAUCUCCUGGCUAUUAUUUCAUAUGAUACAACUAAACAUUCAGGCCCACCAUUUUAUGUUUCUGACAGUGAAGUUAAAAGUUUGUUUGGCUCAAGAAGUAAUAUUCAGUUUCUUGAGAAGGUUGAUGCUUUAGAAGAAAGAUUUAAAGAACGGGGAUUUGAAUAUUUUUUUGAGAUUUUAUAUCUCUUUACAGAAAAGUAAAUGAAAAUUAAAACUGCAUGAGAUUUGAUAAAAUAUCCCAAAUCUUAAAUGUCUUUACCUCCUUCAACUACUAAAGGUGAUUUUGUGACCUAAAAAUGUAAUCAGCGUAUUUGAAAGUUUUUUUCAAUAACUCCAAUUACAUGCUACUUGUAUCUAUUGAAACAUUUAUGUAACUUUUUCAAGAAAUUUGUAAUGGGGUUUCCAGUUUACUAUGCUUCUGAUGAUUUUGAUGUUGAAAUAAAAUAUAUUAAUUUAAGCAAAAUUUGGAAAUAAAAAAUUAUUCUUGCUA